AUUUACCUUUGUUUCAGGUUAUACCCCAGGCACCCCGUAUAAAGUAUCCUGUUCACCCACUAGUGGUGCAGUGCCACCAUACUCCUCAUCGCCGAAUCCCUAUCAGACUGCUGUGUACCCCGUUCGAAGUGCCUAUCCACAGCAGAAUCCGUAUGCACAGCAGGGCACUUACUACACACAGCCUUUAUAUGCAGCACCACCCCACGUAAUUCACCACACCACGGUUGUGCAGCCCAACGGCAUGCCAGCGACUAUGUAUCCUGCUCCCAUUCCACCGCCGAGAGGGAACGGUGUGACUAUGGGGAUGGUGGCUGGGACUACUAUGGCAAUGUCAGCAGGUACUUUGUUGACAACUCAUUCCCCAACUCCGGUAGCCCCUCAUCCAGUUACUAUGCCCACGUAUCGGGCCCCAGGAACACCAACCUAUAGUUAUGUGCCCCCGCAGUGGUGAUCAUCCUGGCAGUCAGUGUUUGAAGAUGGGAGAUAUGCAAUCAAGAAAUUGAGGUUUAAAAGUUGGUGCUGAAGCCCUCAUGCCUCCAACCAGGACUCUUCUUCUGAAUGCUUUCAACACUUGGCUAAACACUACUAAUUCCUGAUCACUGAAGAUUUUCCAGUGCUGCAUAUCUUACAUCUUGGAACUCCAGCAGUUAGUCUUAAAGCAAAAUCUGUUUUGUGGACUGUCUUGCAAUUUUUUAGCUAAUUAUAAUGAUAAAAAGGGAGUAUAAAUUUAUUCUGAUCCAUAUCUAGUUGAGUGCAUGUUAAAACACAAAAACAAAGCUUGCUCAAUCUACCUGCAGUGACUGAUGCAAAAACCAUCAUAUGCAAAUCCAAAGGAACCGAGGAGUAUUUCACAACUUGUAUCACUAAUGCACUGUUGUAACGUAUGCAGGGUCUGAAAAGGUAGAGUCGUGACAGUGAGUUCCUUCACAGAACACCGUGCUAUACAUUAGAAAAGAGCUCCGGCCUUUGUCAGGGUGAUGGAGUUGCCAGUUCAAAAGGGGCAUAUUUUUAUUUAAGUGAUGUAUUCUGUUCAAAUUCAACCGCUAAAUUGGAGCGACUGGAGGAGGAGUCAGACGAGCUGUAGAAAUCCCACACACCGUUAGUUUCCUUCAUACCUUUUCAUGUUCAUUAUAUAGAGUCAGUGUUCCGCAGAUGUUCUUAAGGAUCAGAAUG